AUGGACAGUCUUCUUUGCGGAUCCACACCCAAUGUCUCGGCAUUUUUGGAGCAUUCAGGGUGCCUACGAGGAAGUAAUGUUCUCGGUCAAACAGCCGCUCAUGUCGCUGUUCUGAGGCCAGAUGUGCUGUCUCUGCUAUUGAAGGCAUAUUCAGACUUUGAUGUCAUUGACUUCGAUGGAUUCGACUCUUAUGGCAACAGCCCUCUGGUUUACGCAGCAGCUUAUGGGUAUAUCGAGUCCGUGGUUCUCCUCCUCAAGGCUGGAGCGAAUCCAUUGAAGGAAGGACAUCUGGAAUUUCUGCAGUGGGCCUUAGUUUGGGAGAACUGGGACAUGGCAACGGCUUCUUUCGCAUUCUUCCGUACAGCGGGUCUUUUUUCAGAUGCGUUCUUACAAAGUGAAUUGCAUUAUCUCAUGAUUGAAAUGAUUCAAAGGCCGUGGUGGUGGAGCCAGGUCUACGGGACUGGACUUCUCGAGAAGAUGCUCAACUUGGGAGUUGACAAACAUAUGCUGUUCGAAGACGGCAGUACUUUACUGCAUUGUGCCCCAGACUCAAAAUGGAUAGAUGCUUUGUUCAAUGCAGGAUUUCAACGCAUUGAUCAGAGCAACAUCAAAGGGGAAACUGCUCUGAUGACCCUCGUCCCUUGUCAGAGUCAUAUGGCCAGGAACAUUGUGGCCAGAGGCUGCAACGUCAAUCACCGAGACAAUAGAGGGGAAACAGCAUUGCAAAAAGCAUUCACGAGUGGCAUUUUCUAUUGGGUUCCUAUUUCACACACCAAAGGUACUAAAUCUCUCGAAUCUUCUUCACUUAAGAUACUAUCGCGUGACUUUGCCGUCAUCGCCGAACUUCUUCAUGAAAGGGCGGAUAUUUGGAUCUAUGACAAUUAUCGUUGCCCGUGUGCUCCUCAUGGGUGUUCUCCACUUCGUCGAUUGCUUCGUCAAAACGGGCUGUCAAUGGGAUAUAUAUGGAUUCUGGAAUUCCUUCUGAUGCUUGAUGAGAUACAAGGACGGGCUAUUGCACAGAGGGAAGUAUUGGGGCUCAAACGUGUGCGAGAAUUCAAUUUGGCUGAUAUGACCCAUGUUUGCGGCAACAUAGAAUCUACCGGUGCGCAUGAGCAUAUGGGAGAUGCAGCAGUCGAUGAGAUUAUCGACGAAGAAGAAGAGUUCGUGGCGAAUCUUGACAAGAAAAUGCAAGAAACCUCCAGCCAUGAAAACGAGUCAAUCGAAGAAAGCUGGCUCAGCUUGAUCGCCGACUUUUGGACCCCAGACAGUCCGGUCACACGCCAGAAAUCAUGGACAUCUUGGGACCCCGCAACAAUGUCCGUUGACGAAAUUUUCGGAAUGACUUCGAGCACUUUGAUGAGAUCAUAUGGCACAAGAGGACAGGAUUUGUCUGGUUUUGAAGAAGUAACAGACAAAUUUUGGACAUUAGAACAGUUUAUAUUUGGCGAUUAUGUGCCACAAAGUUCAGUUUACUCUACGUGGGUGGAAUGGGUCUAUCAGAAUCCGGACAAAUACGACUAUCCCCGUCCAGUGGACAGGAAUUGGUAUGAAAAAAGAAAAUAUUGGGCGACUCGACAGGCUGAGGUUCUUGAAGAACUGUCUCAAUCGACCAAAUAA